GGGGCCGCGGCGCCGCGCCGCAAGAGAACAUGAGUUCAGCAGGGAGGAGAAGAGGAAGGCCCAACAGAGGAGGAGGAGGCCGAGGGAGAGGAAGCAGAGGAAGAGGAGGAGGCAGCAGCCAUUCCAACAAGGCUCAGCCUGGCGGAAGCAGGAAAUGCUCAACUAGAAUCUGGGACGAUGGAGAUGACUUCUGUCUGUUCAAGGAGCCAAGGCAGGAACCCAGCUCUAGUGCCCCUGCCAGGAGAGGAGGAGGGAAAUCUAAAGAGAGCCCUGAGACAAGAAUGCCUCUGCAGACCAUACACAUGACAUCAGAGAAUCAGAGAAGAGUGAAAGAACUCCUUCAAGAGCUUCAAGGGCAGGGGCUGGCUCCUGAAUCAGAAGUAGCUGGUUCUGGUGAAGACAAUGAAGAACCUGAUUACCUUGAUGAUGAGCAGUACUGGGCAACAGAUCAGGAAGUCUCUGACCUCCCACCAAGGUCUUCUGCUGAGCCAGCUGAGCAGAGGGUUGUGGAAAGUGAAGUGUCUUCCUUUGCUGUGCACAAACUGGCCAGGUACGGCUUUGACAGCCAACGCUGCAGGACGGUGCUGAGAUCCUGCAAUGGGAAUAUUGGGGCAUCUCUGGAGCAUUUGCUGCUGCAGUGCUUUGCUGAAAGGUAUGGAGAGAAGAUGGAGGUGUCUGCAGCAGCUGCUGGAGCCAGCCCAGAGGAGUGCUUAGAGCAGAGGCAAGAAGAGGCUUUUGCUCUCCGCUCCAUCUACGGAGAGAAGUUUGUCGAAAGGAUUCAGAACCGGGUGUGGACUUUUCCCCUGGAGCUGGACUACCUGGCAGGCAGGCUCCAGCAGCCUGGCCCAAAGGGGGCUUGUGCUAAGGACACAGGGAAGCAGGCUCCCAAGGAAAUCUGCAGAUUCUACCUCCAGGGAGGCUGCAGAUUUGGGGCAAAGUGCAGGUUUGCUCACGAGCUGCCUCCCAAACACCCGCUGAAGCCAAGCAGGAGCUCUGGAGAUGAUGCUCACCUGAGAGCUGCCAGUGAUGGUCCCCUCUAUGAACUGGAAGUGAGGUUUCCUGAAGGGAACAAAUACCCACUGCAGGCACCUCUGGUGGCAUUUUAUUCCACUGAUGAGAAUUUGCCUCCUGCUUCUCGCCUGCACAUUGCUGAGCUCCUCUAUGGCAAGGCCUUGCUGGCUGCAGAGGCUGGGGAGCCAGUGGUGUACACCUUGGUGACCUGCUUGGAAGAUGAGCUGGAGAUCAGUGAGGUACUCCUCAGAAGCACUCACCACAAGUACAGUGCUCCUCCUGUGGCCCUGCUGGCUGGCCCUGCGGUGCAGCUGCAGGCAGAGAGCGUGGCCAGUCCAAAGCCAGUGGCUGAAGCCUCAGCUGCGUCAGAGCCUGUGGAAGAAGAGGAGCAGCAGGAGGAGGAGGAGGAAGAGGAAGAAGAAGAUGAGCCUGAGGAAGUGGUUGUGGGCCAGGAGAGCUACGUGAACCUGAAGAAGAAGCAGCCCAAGAAGUGGGAGGUGCAGGCGAGGGCUGUGUGCCAGGAGAACGCCAGGAUCUGCGCCCAGUUCCGCCUCAGGAAGUCCUCCAGGCACUUCCAGUCCCUGCUGUACGAACGGCAGAAGCUGCCUGCCUGGCAAGAGAGGGACAGGAUCCUGGAGCUGCUCAGGAGCCACCAGGUGCUGGUUGUGAGUGGCAUGACAGGCUGCGGGAAAACCACUCAGAUCCCUCAGUUCAUCCUGGAUGCCUCCCUGCAAGGCUGCCCCAGCGGCGUGGCCAACAUCGUCUGCACGCAGCCCCGCAGGAUCUCGGCCGUGGCCGUGGCCGAGCGCGUGGCCAAGGAGAGGGCCGAGCGGCUGGGGCUCACCGUGGGCUACCAGAUCCGCCUGGAGAGCGUCAAGUCCUCAGCUACCAGGCUCCUGUACUGCACUACUGGGGUGCUGCUGAGAAGGCUGGAGGCAGACCUGACUUUGCAGGGCGUCACACAUGUCAUUGUUGAUGAAGUUCAUGAAAGAACAGAGGAAAGUGACUUCCUGCUGCUGGUGCUGAAGGAUCUCCUGGCCCAGAGGCCGGACCUGCGCAUCAUCCUGAUGAGCGCCACCCUGAACGCUGAGCUCUUCUCCCAGUACUUCCACUCCUGCCCAGUCAUCAGCAUCCCAGGUCGAACCUUCCCUGUGGAUCAGUUCUUUCUGGAGGAUGUGAUAGCAAUGACCAGGUACGUGCUGGAGGACAGCAGUCCCUACCGGCGCAAGGCGAAGCAGGAGAAGCAGAGCGGCAGGCACGAGAGAACUGCGUUUGAGGAAGUAGAAGAGGACCUGAGGUGUGCUGGCAUGCUGGAGGGCAGUGACAGAGCUGUCAGAGAUUCAGACCCAGACCAGAAACUAACUCUGAAGCAGCUCCUGGUGCGAUACAAAGGGGUGAGCAAAACAGUGUUGAAAACAAUGUCUGCCAUGGACUUGGACAAAGUUAAUCUGGAGCUGAUUGAAGCCUUGCUGGAGUGGAUAGUGGCUGGCAGGCACUCUUACCCCCCAGGUGCUGUGCUGAUAUUUUUGCCUGGCCUAGCAGAAAUCAAGAUGCUUUAUGAGCAGCUCCAGUCUAAUGCCCUUUUUAAUAACAGGCACAGCAAGAGGUGUGUGGUGUACCCCCUGCAUUCUUCCCUGUCCAGUGAGGAGCAGCAGUCUGUGUUCCUCAGGCCUCCUGCAGGAGUCACCAAAAUCAUCAUCUCUACAAACAUUGCAGAGACCUCUGUCACCAUUGAUGAUGUGGUCUAUGUGAUUGACUCUGGGAAGAUGAAAGAGAAGAGGUAUGACCCCAGCAAGGGGAUGGAGAGCCUGGAGGACACCUUUGUGUCCAAGGCCAAUGCCCUGCAGCGGAAGGGGCGAGCAGGCCGCGUGGCCUCGGGGGUCUGCUUCCACCUCUUCAGCAGCCACCACUACCAGCAUCAGCUGAUAAACCAGCAGCUGCCUGAGAUACAGAGGGUGCCCUUGGAGCAGCUUUGUCUCAGGAUCAAGAUCCUGGAGGUGUUUGCAGCCCAGAGCCUGCACUCCGUCUUCUCCCGGCUGCUGGAGCCGCCCCGAGCCGAGUCCCUGCGAGCCUCCAAGCUGCGGCUGCAGGACCUGGGGGCGCUGACUGCAGAUGAGAAGCUCACCCCCCUGGGCUACCACCUGGCUUCUCUGCCUGUGGAUGUCAGGAUUGGCAAGCUGAUGCUCUUUGGCACCAUCUUCCGCUGCCUGGACCCUGCCCUCACCAUAGCUGCCAGCCUGGCCUUCAAGUCCCCCUUCGUGUCACCGUGGGAUAAAAGGGAGGAAGCCAACAGGAAGAAGCUGGAGUUUGCAGUGGGGAACAGUGACUACCUGGCUCUCCUGCAGGCCUACAAGGGCUGGCGUCUGAGCGUCCAGGAGGGCUCCCAGGCAAGCUACAACUACUGCAGGGAGAACUUCUUGUCAGGAAGAGUUCUUCAGGAGAUUGCAAGCCUGAAGAGGCAGUUCACAGAGCUGCUCUCUGACAUUGGCUUCGUGAAGGAGGGCUUGAGAGCCAGGGACAUGGAGAAGAAGUGGUCCCAAGGAGGUGAUGGUGUGUUGGAUGCCACAGGAGAAGAGGCAAACUCCAACGCAGAGAACUUCAAGCUGAUCUCAGCCAUGCUGUGUGCUGCUCUCUACCCCAACGUUGUCCAGGUGAAAAAGCCAGAGGGCAAAUUCCAGAAGACCAGCACAGGAGCAGUCAGAAUGCAGCCCAAAGCAGAAGAGCUGAAGUUUGUUACCAAGAAUGAUGGCUAUGUCCACAUCCACCCCUCCUCUGUCAACUACCAGACUCGGCACUUCGAGAGCCCCUACCUGGUGUACCACGAGAAGGUGAAGACCAGCAGGGUGUUCAUCCGGGACUGCAGCAUGGUCUCUGUCUACCCCCUGGUGCUGCUGGGCGGCGGCCAGGUCCACAUGCAGCUGCACCACGGCCACUUCCUCAUCUCCCUGGACGACGGCUGGAUCCGCUUCGUCGCUGCCUCCCACCAGGUGGCGGAGCUGGUGAAGGAGCUGCGCUGCGAGCUGGACCAGCUGCUGCAGGACAAGAUCCGGAACCCCAGCAUGGACCUGUGCCUGUGCCCCCGCGGCUCCCGCAUCAUCGCCAUGAUCGUCAAGCUGGUCACCACCCAGUAG